ACCCCAAACACUUCACCAUCGAAAGGUUAUUACAAUGUCAACGUGCCUGUAGACCAGCUGCAAGAGGGCCCUUUACUGUGUGCAGGGACUUGACUCUAGAUCCCUUUGCUUUUGUACCAUGAGUUCCACAUGUCCUGAUCUUAUCCAAUCACUUAGCCUGUCCAUAUCUCCUUACACAGCCUGUGCACACAUCCUCCCAGUGGACACUGCCACCCUGGAAGAGUUCCUUGGGUUGCACCUGUCUCAUUUCCCUGACAUCAAUAGCUGCCCAUAAAAAUACCAAGGCUCCUUUUACAGCAAGGAGCACCGGGGUGCACACCAAAGGUCCGGAGAAAGUGCUGACAUGUCGCAGACUCUCUCCUCGGAUUCCGAUGCUCCAAAAAUAGGCCGGGCGGAUAUUUCAGGCGCACUGCUCCUGCCCUAAGAAAGUUAAAGAACUCGGGCGGAGGGGGUGGGCUUGCGCCGCGACGACACCCGAUCCGCUGCCCCGUCACUGACUUGCGGGCAAUAAGAGGGCGGGCGUCGGGGAGCGGCAGUUCCAUCCUCGGGAAGAACUCAGCGCCGUUCGUUGCUCGCCGCUCCAGCCAUGAUCGAGUUCUCUGCGGAGCAGCAGGAAGACUUCAAGGAGGCCUUCCUCCUGUUUGACAGGACUGGUAACAGCAAGAUCACCCUCAGCCAAGUGGCAGACGUCAUGAGAGCUCUCGGUCAGAAUCCGACCAACGCGGAAGUGAAGAAGAUCCUGAACAACCCCAGUGCAGAGGAGAUGACCGGAAAAACUCUUGAUUUUGACCAGUUUCUCCCCAUGCUUCAGACCAUGGCUAACAACAAAGACCAGGGAUCCUAUGAGGACUUUGUUGAAGGUCUGCGUGUUUUCGACAAGGAAGGCAAUGGCACGGUGAUGGGCGCUGAACUUCGCCACGUUCUGGCCACACUGGGUGAGAAGCUGACAGAAGAGCAGGUGGAAGAGCUGCUGAAAGGACAGGAAGACUCCAAUGGCUGCAUCAACUAUGAGGCAUUUGUCAAACACAUCAUGUCUAUUUAAGAGGGAUCCCGAUGAAGUGGUGCAAAUGUUUAUGAGUUGCUGAACAUCUGAAACAGCCAAGAUAUCCCAUCCUGGAACUGUCCCAUCAGUGCAAUUCGUCUCCUUUCAAGCUUACACAAGAACCACUUUUUUUUACGUAUCGAAUGGACUGUAUUUGAAACAACAAAAGGGGAGAAAGAAAACAAAGAACCUGAUAUUUUUGGUACUAAGCACUAUGGAUAAGACUACUCAGUUUGUCCACGAUGUUUUGACGUGGUUGAAAAGUGCACACGGAUGUCAGAGUCCAAUAAAGGCUCCGUGGUCAGUC